AUGCCAUCAAUGGUUGUUGAUGCAUCAUCAUCAUCAGUACUUAAAAUUGCCAUAAAUAUGCAACAAUUAAAAGAAAUUUACGAACAACAACUAAUGAAUGAACGUCUUAUAUAUAUACAACGAAUGAUGACUAGUGGACAAAAUAUUGCUUCAAUGUUUAAUGAUUAUCCACAUUUUGCUCAACAAAUAAUGUCUUAUAUGGCAGCUACUCAACAAGGACCAGAUGUUAUUGAAAUAAUGGAUGAAUAG